AUGUCUCUAGAAAAGAACAACCUUCACAUUCAGGAAGAACAUCAAGAGACCCUACAAACCUCAUCUGAACAUAAGGAAGCACAGACAAGUGAAGCAACCGAAGAAGAAACUCCCUGCCCUUCCUCUGAGGAUCUACAGGAAGGUUUGGAGAACUCAUCUGUUCUUGGGUCAAGUGACAUUCCUGAAGAGCUUUGUACUAUUCCAAGCCCCACCAGAAGUGUUGCAGAUUUCCUUAGCAACCGAGCUAGUAAGCGUAGAAAGAGCCAACAAUAUGAUGAACAGCCAAGUACCUCCACAGACACAGACUACACUGAAACCUACGACACUGAUUUUUCAGAUGACAGGGUAGACUUAAUGGAACAUUUUAUUCUCUACAAGUUUGAAAGGCAACUGCCUAUUUGCAAGGAAGAACUGAUGAGCUUUGUUGGUGUUAUCGAUGAAGACGAAUUUGCUGAGAUCCUAAAGACUACUUCUCAAAAUAUGGAGUUUCUCUUUGGGGUUACCAUUCAAGAAGCAAAUAGAGACAAUAUCCAGUACGAACUAGUGAGCAAGCUAAAACUCCCCAAUAAUGGAAGGAUCUAUGCAGGCAAUGGUUUACCCAAGACUGGCUUUGUCAUGACUAUUCUAGGUGUCAUUUUCAUGAUGGGUAACCAUGCGACUGAGGAAGAACUGUGGAAAUUUUUAAGAACAAUGCAUGUGCGCCCAGGGAGGAAACACUAUGUGUUUGGAGAGCCCCAUAAGCUUGUUACUGAGGAUUUGGUGAGACUGCAGUACUUGGAGUACCGGCAAGUACCUAACAGUGAUCCUCCGUGCUAUGAAUUUCUGUGGGGCCCACGGGCUUAUGAGGAAAUUAACAAGAUGGAGGUGCUAGAAUUUUUAGCCAAGGUUAGUAAUGAUGAUCCUAGAAAAUUUUCAACUCAUUAUGAAGAAGCUUUAAAAGACAUAGAAGAGAGAGCAAAAGCAAAUAAGAAAAGCCAGACCCAGGAGUAA